UUGUAGUUUAUUUGGUAUUUAUUUGAUGUAUCUUUUGAUAAAUUAUAAUUAAAUAUACGAGUAUAUUUUUUUAUAACUUUAAAAUAAAUAUAAAUUAAAUACACAUUUAAUAUCAAUUUAUUUUAUAAUAUUUGAGGUAGUUUAAAAAAUAGUAAGAUUAGUAGUGUAGUUAGGUUAUAUAAAGAACGUUUAGAAAAUGGCAAGUGGAGAAAGGUAUAAAACAGGUAGUUCUGAAAUAGUUUUAGCUCAAGAAAGUUCAAUUAAUGACGCUUAUUCAGCACCUGAAGCAAGAUUUGAAUGUCCCAUUUGUCUAGCUUGGUUAAGAGAUCCAGUUCUAACGUCAUGUGGUCACAGAUUUUGUAGAACUUGUAUACAUUCUUGGUUAGAAAGGGAAAGUGCCUGUCCAGUUGAUAACAUAAAAUUAAAGAAGGACGAUAUUUUUCCUGAUAAUUUUACAAGAAGGGAAAUUUCACAACAGCGCACCAAAUGUCCUAAUAUUAUUAGAGGGUGUUUAGUAGAACUGUCUCCUUUAGACGUAGAAGCUCAUUUAAUGAUUUGUGAGUACAAGGCUCCAGAAUUGCCAGAAAAUGAAAAAGUACGUUGUUCUUUUGUUGAUGUUGGCUGUGACGAAAAAUUUGAGGAUGAACUAGAGUUGCAACGCCAUUUAGAACAAUUCGUCCAGAAACAUUUAACCAUGUUAUCUCAAGCUUACACGAAAAUGAUGGUUAAUAAUAACGUUGCUUCAAGUUCUUCAGCAAUUGCUCAACAAGCUAAUUUUUGGGAUCCUCCUGCCAAAAAUGAAUCUCCAACAUUAUCACAAGAUGAAAAUCUGCAAGGACUUUUAAAGGCGUUGUAUGAAAAAAUUAUAUUUUUAGAACAAAAAACCAGAGAACAAGAUAUAAUUAUAGCAAAUAUGUCUGAACAAAUUUCUUCGUAUAAUUUGUCAGUUAUGAAACUACACCAACGGUAUUGUAAUGGCUGUUACUUGUGGUAUUUUAACGAUUUUAAAAGUAAAGUAAAUGCUAUGCGAGAAAACCCACAUAUUAUGCAUUAUAGCGCUGGAUUUUAUACUUCUGCAAAUGGCUACAAAUUAUGUGUUAGAUUGAAUUUAUCACCUAAAGAUAACAAUUACAUUGCAAUUUUAAUACAUGUCAUGAAAACCGAACACGAUAACGCUCUGGACUGGCCCUUUAGCGGAAGAUUAUCGAUAACUAUAGUUCAUCCAACACAACCCUUUAGAAGUAUCAAAGAAACGAUGAUGACCCGUCCCGAAUUGGAAGCAUUUAAACGUCCUGUUCUGGACUUGAAUCCGAAGGGUUUUGGUUAUACAGAAUUUGCCUUACUUGAGGAAUUAAUCGAACAAGACUUUAUAUAUAACAAUCAGUUAUUAAUUAAGGUACAAGCUCAACCUGUUUGAAUAUAUACAAAAUGUAUCAAUAAUGAAUUAUUUUACCGUUCAUGUUGACUGAAAUUAUUGUUAUCUUAUAAUAUUGUUAAAAAAAGUCGAUUUUAAUGUGCUAUAUAUUAAAAUACACAGUUUGUCAAAUUUAAGAGCAACUUUGGGUAAGUAGGUAGCUAUCCUAAAGGGAAGAUAAUCUUUAUCAGAACAAGUUUAGCAUUGGUUGCAUUCAGGAGCCGAAUACACAAUACAGGGGUUAGGGGAAACCAAAAUCUUAAAUGUUUUGUAGGAUUUCAUUCAUUGGAUUAACCUCGAACCCAAAUUGUUUAUCAUUAGCUUCAUUUCGUACUUGAACAGAAUCGUUUAUAAUUAAAAUCUCUUUAAUUGACAGUGAUACAUUGGUCGUCCUUUUUAUAACAAGACUACUUGUUACAUUAAAUUACAUGUAAUUUCUUUAGCUCGGGAUUGAGAACUGAUCCCAAAACCGAUUGAGAUUGUGAAACUGGACUCGGUGCUAACUGCUCAAAAUAACCUAUUUAUUGUGCAGGUUUAUAAUAAAUAUUUAGUGUUUUCGACAAAAUAUCACAAAAAAUAUUGACUAAUCCGAGUCAACUUUUAUUAUUAUUAGUUUGUUUUCCCGUUAUUAGGUUAAAUAGAGUUUUCUUCAAUGUUUUGAUUUAAUUUUAAAUCUUCUGAACUGUUAGAGGAAAUACAUAGACACAUUUAGAUAAUAUAAAACAAUUCCAAGAAUAAUAAUAGUAAUAAUAAUAAUACUUUAUUGCCCAAACGGGCAUUAAUUAAAUAACUCCUAAAAAAUGCUCCUAGGUGUUUACCUGUUGGCUUGCGAUCAAUUGAUUUUUAACAAGAUUAGAGAAAUAAUAUCUCUUGGUGCAAUAUUUAUUACAGCUUUUUCACAGAAUAUAUUGAUGACUUGGACAUUAUACAGGGUGUUAUUUAAGUAUGUGGCCAAACUUCAAGGGAUGAUUCUUUGAGUGA